GUCCCAGUGAGCGUGGGGAUGAGUCGUCCUCUGAGUCAGCCUACGUGUCUCUGUACGUUUCACCAAGCAGUCAAACACGGCAGCGUCUGGUGCGUCACAGGUAGGUCACCUGUAUGUACACCGGAUGCAACGGUCCCCCGACAAAACACUGGAUAGGUAUGGUUUGAGAGUGUUGCUGCACAGUUCCCGGGGUAGAAAACGGAAGUACAGUGGAGCACUGCAGGACUGCAAUGAUACGGUUCUUUCAGGUCGCUUUCGCGGCCUCCUCUAUGCUGGCGUCUCUUGCCAGUGCACGUUUUGACUUCGAAAAUGUGCAUUCUCAUCAGACACAAGGCCUGAUUAGUGGAACAGGCUCUCCCGUUGUCAGUGUCGUCCGUCGGCCGGGAGGCAGACGAGUAUGGAAAAUUGAGGCAGAGGCUGAACAAAGACUGCUUGAGAAGGAACUCGGCAAGAUGACGGCACUUGCCAGGGAGAUGCAAACGGUAUUAAAUACUGCACAGUGGUCACCGCCAGAGUGGCAAGGACUUAACAUAGCUGUACUAAUGAGAAACCAGCGAGAUUUCGAAAAAGCGCUCAAAGACAUUGCGGAAGCCGCGUCUGAGGAAAAGAGGAGAAUAAUUAGAGACUUGGCAGCAAGCAACAUCGCCGACUGCCCAGAAUGCCGUGCUAUUCCACCCCGUGAAUCGGGCGGCGCUUCUGAAGAGGAAGCAUCAACCGUGGAGACUCCCACAGAUGAGGUUCCUCCUGAAGAAGACGUGCCGUCUGUCCCAGACGAUGAGGGAACAGAAGAUGUGCCAGAACGGACGCCUGGUCCUGCCGAAGAGGUUCCUCCUGAAGAAGCUGAGCCCCCAGAGAAUGAAGGGACAAAAGAAGCACCAGAGCAGAGACCUUCCACUGGCACGCAGGCUCCCCUUCCAUCGUCUGAAGAGGUUCCUCCAGCCUCUGCUGAUGAGGCUCCUGAAGAACCUACGGCGCAGGAGGAGAUACCACAACCUACAGUCCCUGAGCCUUCGCCAAUUAAGGGACCAGUAACGCCGGAGCUCACUCCACAGGAAAAGGUGUGCUCUGAAGGGCUAUGAUAGUUCUAUGGGGCAAACGCAAGUGUUCGACCUUUUUCCAUGCAGGAAAGCCUCAUGCAAAAGGCGGAGGCGGCAGAAAAGUUCCGACAGAACCCUUGGUGAGUCGACACUCAUGGGAACCUAUUUUGCUUGGAUGUAAAAGCACACUGCCAGGCUAUGGUUCUACCUGCUCGUGGUCCUGCCCUCUGCCAUUACGGUGAUUCUUCUUGCCCUUGCUAUGUUCAUUUAACAGACACUGUGCGCUACGUAUCCGCAUGGGAAACAAUCAUAUGGUGACGAUUAGUGGUGGCGUAUGAUUAAUCAUGGACAAAAUGCUUCGAUCCCAGCAACUAUUAGCGAAGAAGAUGCCGC